AUGCAAGUAACACUUUGUGUAAAAAGAAUUGUUUGCGGCGAAAAAAACAAUUUUUUCAGCGAAAUCCCCAUUUUCCCCUUUCUUCCCCCCGAUACUCUCGUCUCUCUCUCUCUCAUCCUGCGACCGCAGUCCUCUUCACCUGCCGCGAGCUCACCCAAAGCCAAUCCCUCCCCGACGCAACCUCACCCUGUCAAUCAUCCUCAUAAUUUUCCUUCAAAAAACCCUAACCUCACCCAGUCAGCACGCCACACUUGUUCCCCAACCACCCCCGCGGGCCGCAAUCCACACGUCCUCUCUCGCUCUUCUGGAGACACGAGAAUAUUUAAAAUGGAGAAUUUUGUUGUGGGUGUUGAGACACAAGAAUGGGAAAUAUGGGGUUGCUGGAAUCUGCAAUUGGGGAGGAGGGGCAUCUGCCCUGGUUCUCGUGCUCAUGGUAUGCCUGUGGCAGUUCUACUUGUUUGUUGCUCUCAAAGCUGAUGUUCUGCUUUUCAAGUAGCUCUCAAAGCUAAUGUUCUGCUUAGUACUUCUGCUCCAAAAAAUAUCAUUUUGGAUGAUAUCAUUCGGUAACUGAGUUGAAAAACUUCCAACUUAAGCAUGCAUGCAUGGGAUAUAUAUCCAAUUAGU